AUGGACGACGGAGAACUCGAUUUCCCGAGCGAUGAAAUGCUGUCUUGCCUGGACUUAACAAACACGCAGAACAGCUGUUCAUUCGACAUAGACGAGUUCUUGGGCCGAACCCAAUCCUGCAAUGAUGCAUUGGGCCGUACAGAGGCCUACACCGAUGUAAUGGGCCGGACUCAGGCCUGCACCCAUGCCCAUGCCUGCAACCCAUCCGGGCCCGAUAAGUCCCACACUCACACUUGCAUCCAUGUCCACACCCAAAUCAUGCCCUCUUCCAGCGAGAACCCGCCAAGUGAUGACACGGCCGAGUCAAUCGAGAAAAAGGGCAAAAAACGGCCUUUGGGCAACCGUGAAGCUGUAAGAAAGUACAGAGAGAAGAAAAAAGCUAGGGCUGCUUCUUUAGAAGAUGAGGUUGUGAGACUUCGGGCCAUUAACCAGCAGUUGAUGAAAAGGCUUCAGGGACAGGCUCUGCUAGAGGCUGAGAUUGCUAGGCUUAAGUGCUUGCUGGUGGAUAUCAGGGGAAGGAUCGAAGGGGAAAUCGGGUCUUUUCCUUACCAGAAGCCGAAUAAAGCUGGGGAUAUUUAUCAGAGUAUGGCUACUCUAAAUGGGGCUGGUACUUAUGUGAUGAACCCUUGUAAUAUGCAAAGUAGUGAGCAGCUGUAUUGCCUGCAAUCAGAGAAUGCAGUCGGUGGUCAGGGCCUCGGGGGGGACUGUGGUUUUGAUACUGGGCAGUGUUUGGGGAAUCAGAACAUUGAUCAUAAGGAGCUUGCUGAGUGUGGGAUUGGAGAUUGUGUUGGCAAUGCUAAUGCUUCCGGAAAGAGUAAGAGAAAAGGUGUUUCCCGCUAG